AUGAUAUUCAACUCCUGCAUUUCCAAUGCUCACAACCAUACUAUCUGGAGAAAAGUGCUUCAAAAUCUGAGCACUUUACAUGAAGAUAUCAAAUGCUCCAUAACCCAACGGGAGUUCAUAGUAUCAUCCAUGAAUAGCACUGACACCGCAAUGAGUCAGGCUCGUUUCAAGCGCAGUUUUUUCGAAAGUUACGACUUUAGGCCGCAGGAAACCGUUUUCGGGGAAGAUGGGCUUCAACAAGUCCAGGAUCAACAGCUUGAAGUACAUCAACUAUAUUCGUUCAAAAUCAAUGGCAAAGUCCUGGGUGUACUCUUUCGAAAACCUGAAAAUGACAACAUCAAGACACUAGAGCUAGCUAUUCAUAACGGUGCAACUUGUCCGGAAUCUCUGGCAAAUCGAUUUCAGAUUACUAUACACACCGAGAGCUUGAUGGUCAAAGAAUAUGUGCCUAACAUAGUUCCGAUAAAAUACGACCCAAUUGUGAUUAAUUUGAGGUAUAAAUGGCGCUUUCUGGAUGUUUACGGGGGAUCUUGUGAAGACCAGGAAGAACAGCUGGAUCCGCGGCUAUUAGACAUGUUUAAAGUCUUCAAUCGCGAACUGACAGAAUCCUAUUUUAACAACGACAUAUUAUCCAACACCAAAAAAUCCAGCGGAACACUCACACCGGAAGAUGAAAUCAAUUAUCUAUGCUGUAACCUCCAGCUUUUGAAGAAUUUUAUUGAUAGCUGUCACACCAGCGCGACGGAAGAGGUCAAAGUUGACGUCUCGAUCUCCAAGCUGGGUCUCACGGCCUUCACCAAGGCAAUAUACAGUAAAAAUAACGACGUGCUGCGUAAUGCAAUCCGCGCUACCAACAUCGUCAGUACCAACGAUCUGGAGCAUUAUUGUCUGUUCACAACGACAGGCGACGAAAGCAGUAAGAGUCGACCGCUGGCCAAAACAAUUUCUUUUGGCAUGAAAGACUUCAGAAACUUUGUCAAUAUGGCAGCUUUUUGGAAGGGAAAUCAAAACGUUAACAUUUGGUUUUGUCGUCCAGGAGAUCCGAUUUUCAUGGAAUUAGUCAAAGACGAUCUGGAACUUGAUCUCGUUCAAGUCACAGAAAGCAGUGACAGUGUGCCAAAUGCUGGUACUAAAGUCAAUGUCACACGUACAAGUCCACUCCGAGAAUCGGCCGUGAAAGCUACGAGCCCUCGAAAAUCGCCUUUGCAAAACAAAAGUCCCUUCAAGUUCAACUCUACCGAGAGCACGCACAGUCCACUGAAACCUAAGUCUCUGUUUACCAACGAUGAUGAUGAAAAUCAAGGGCAGCGAAUGUGGAAUAACCCCAUUCGCGGGAAACGACGGUUAGAAGAUGACAAUCUAGAGGAUCACUCGAGAAAGCAAUUCGACCAAGAGCAGAACAGCGGCACGGUGGCGCAUCGCACUCGAACAACAAUCGAAUGGGGCACCGGCGACUCGGAAUCUGCAGCUAAUACAACUUCUACGCCACUUCUUGAUCAGAGAGAUUUGUUGAAGGAAGAGAAAAGAAAGUUUUUACGGGAUCUGAAAGCCCAGCGGCAAAAAGAUCAGAGAAACGCUCAGGACGAAGCAGAAGAGAAUCAGUUGGGUCCCACACAGAUAGAUAGGCCCAAGGGUCUUUUCGACUAG